AUGAAAGGCCUCCGGUAUUUUUCUCUGGCUGUUCUCCCACUGCUCCGUUCAGUCGAUGCAGUAACACCCCUUGUCGACUUGGGCUACAGCAAAUAUAAAGGAAAGGAACUCAGCAAUGGUGUCACGCAAUGGUUAGGUGUGCGAUACGCCGCACCUCCUCUUGGUGACCUUAGGUUCAGUCCUCCUCAAGAUCCUACCAGGAACGAUACCAUCCAGGACGCAAGUAAUUGGGGUUUCAUAUGUAUCGCAACCGGCAGUGCCGCGAGUAACAUCGGCACGACACAAUCCGAGGACUGUCUCUUUGUCAACAUUUUCGCCCCAAGCGACGCAUCUAAAAAAUCCAAACUGCCCGUGUUUGUAUUUAUCCAGGGCGGUGGUUUCAAUUCCAACUCUAACGCGUACGCGGACGGAUCUGGCCUCAUCAAUGCGGGAGACAUGGAUAUGGUUGUCGUGACUAUGAACUACCGCGUCGGUCCCUACGGCUUCCUUGAAGAUGCCGACCAGAUAACACCAAAUAUCGGUCUCCAUGACCAACGCAAGGCCCUCAAGUGGGUGCAACAAUACAUCUCCAAGUUUGGAGGAGACCCUGACCAUGUUACGAUUGGCGGAGCUUCUGCCGGCGCCGCAAGCGUCGCUCACCAUCUCAGUGCAUACGGUGGGAAAGAUGAAGGCCUCUUCCGUGCAGCAGCGGCCGAGUCGGUCUCUUUUGCCAACAUGUUGGCGGUAAAAGACUCCGUCUACUGGUAUGAAAAUCUCGCCAUCCGCUUGGGUUGUGUCGGCAAGAAUGCCCUGGCUUGUUUGCGAUCGAAGUCGGCAUUGGAGAUUCAGAAGGCAAACUAUAACAUUCCCUACCCCGGGGCUCCAGCUGCCCCUAUUUACAUGUGGACUCCAGUAGUAGAUGGAGAUCUUGUGCCCGACCUCACGUACAAGCUGUUUGAGGAGGGCAAGUUCAUCAAGGUGCCGGCCAUCAUGGGCGACGAUACGGACGGCGGUACCGUGUUCACCCCCAAGAACACGUCGACCUUGGCCGAGAGCGAUGCGUUUCUCAAGACACAGUUUGGUUCCUUGACACUGGAACAAUUGGACACAAUCAACAACCUUUAUCCAAACAAAAAUGACACUUGUCCAAACUCGGGAUGCUACUGGCGACAGGUCAGUGAUGCGUAUGGCCAUUUGAGAUAUAUGUGUCCGGGCAUUUACAUCUCAAAUGCCUUCACCAAAUACGGCGUUUCAGACUCGUGGAAUUACCUCUACAACGUCGAGGAUCCGGACCAAAUGGCACAGGGUCUCGGAGUUCCCCACACGGUGGAAGUUAACGCCAUCUUCGGCCCAAAGUACGCAGGUGGUACUCCACCCGCUAGCUAUGUCGAAGGCGGAGUAAACGCAGACGUGACACCGGUGGUUCAAGGAUACUGGUCGAGUUUCAUCCGGUCAUACAACCCCAACACCUACCGCGAUUCUACAUCCGUCAAGUGGCAGACUUGGACGGAAAAGCGCAAGCAGCGCAUCGUGUUUGAGACCGGCGGUGCGACGAAGGUGGAGAAGAUUAGCAAAGACUUGCAGAAGAAGUGUGAUUAUUUUGCAACUAUUGGGCCUAGCAUUCGGCAAUGA